AGACCCACUGGAGAGCAGGACCAGGUCCAACCCACUGCGCCACCGCACCCCCCCAAGUAGAAAAUUAUUUGCCGCUUUAACACGCAGGGGGAAUAACUGAAUAGGAAGCAGAGACACACUGGAUUUAUUAUUUUAUUGAAGACCAGCUCUGACUUUGCAGCAUGUCCAACCGGACUGUGCAGUCUAAGGUAAACCCUGCCGGCCUCGGCACUCUCCUCCCUUCAGCUGGGGGCGUGCACAUGUGGACGGGGCCUCUUUCAGCCUGUGCUGAUCGCUAUGCAGCUCAUGCUGCAUUUGCCGGGGGGGCUGGGAUUCCGAGCUGAGAAGCAGCGUGGAGCUCCGAGGAGAACGAAUGGGGCUUCCUGCAGGUCACCCCUUUGCUUCUUGAAGGAGAGGCUGAUGUAGGAGAUAGUGGGGAAGGAAAACGCUAGGGUGGAAUUCUCCAGCAACAUGUCCAGUGAAGAACACCUACAGAUUCUUGGAGGGUUGGCGUUCUGAGUGCCCCAGGGGGUCUGACCCGUGUGACGGAGCUGCGUUUCCAUGCCAACUCCACCUCAGGGGAAGUACUGAGAGAGCACUUCUGCACUGUUAUGCAAGUGAAAGGAGAUGAGAGAGAAGAACACGUGGCACAGACCUUUGAUCAUCUGCAUCGCUGUCUUCUUUGUGAUGGCCAUUGUGGGCUUGUUGAUCACAGGCGUGGUGCAGAACAAGGCCAUAAAGCAGAAAUAUAAGUACGGCAUCGUCCUGGAUGCCGGCUCUUCCCACACGUCUGUGUACGUGUACCAGUGGCCCGCGGAGAAGGAGAACAACACGGGCAUGGUGACGCAGAAACACGUGUGCAAUGUGAAAGGAAAAGGGAUCUCCAGCUAUGCCAAAAACGCCGAAAAGGCUGGUCCUUCGCUGAAGGAGUGCAUGCAGGAGGCGGAGCGCUCUAUCCCCACCCAGAGGCACCAGGAGACGCCUGUCUACUUGGGGGCAACAGCAGGGAUGCGAUUGCUAAGGAAGGAGGACGAUAGCGCCUCCGACAGGGUCCUUGACUCGGUGGUGCGGUUUCUCCAGGGAACCCCGUUCACCUUCCAGGGAGCGCGCAUCAUCACAGGCCAGGAGGAGGGCGCCUACGGGUGGAUCACCGUCAACUACUUGAGCGACAACUUCCGCAAGGCGCAGCGGACCAUGGGAGCUCUGGACCUGGGCGGAGCCUCCACCCAGAUCACUUUUGAGUCUGGAGAUCAUUCCCAGUCGCCUGACGAUUUCAUCCACUUCCGCCUCUACGGGAAGGAGUACAGCGUGUACACACACAGCUUCCUGUGCUAUGGCAAGGACCAGGCUCUCAGGGUCCUCCUGGACCAGCAGUUACGGGCCAACCUGACGGGCACAGGCUCGCUGAUCCUCCAGGACCCCUGUUUCCACCCCGGUUACAAGAAAGUUAAAUUGCUGGCGGACGUCUACAACACCCCCUGCAUCCGCACGGGGCCCUCCUCCAACGUGAACUUCACGCACGUGGGUACGGGCAACGGGAAGCUCUGCCAAGAGAAGGUCCGCCGCAUCUUCAACUCCAGCGGGUGCUCCAGCAGGAGCUGCUCCUUCAACGGGGUCUUCCAGCCCCCGCUGCACGGCCAGUUCGAGGCUUUCUCUGCAUUCUUCUUCGUCAUGAAAUUCUUAAACCUGACCUCAGAGUCCCUGGAAGACAGCAAGAAGAAGCUGGUAUCAUACUGCUCCACACCUUGGGAUGAACUGCAGAAGAACAACCACAACGUAAAGGAGAAGUACCUGCAGGAGUACUGCUUCUCCGGGACCUACAUUGUGACGCUGCUAGAGGAGGGAUACAGCUUCACAUCGGGCUCCUGGAAAGACAUCAGGUUCAUCAAGAAGAUCGGAGACAGCGAUGUCGGCUGGACUCUAGGGUACAUGCUCAACCUGACCAACAUGAUCCCGGCAGAGGCCCCGGACUCGCCGCCCCUCCCCCACGGCGGCUAUGUCACCCUCAUGGUCCUCCUCGCCUUGUUGGUCUGCAGCCUCGUAGUCUGCGGCUGCUGUGUCUUCAGACGGUCUAGUUCCGCUGCUCCGAAGCAGAUUGUUUGAAACCAUGGACUGCGGCGUCUCAAACUGGGGGGAUUCAUUUUUGUGGGGGGGCUUGGUUUUUUUUUUUUUAAAUUUCUUUGUAAUCGGAGGGUCUUCAAAACCUGGCCAUGCACCCUGGACAGCGAGGAUCACGUGUAGGGGUCUGUGCGGAUCCAGAGGAAAGGGUGCCACUUGUCACACGGCACCCUGCGGUCCAACAGGAGGCGACUCAGCCAGCUCCGACUGGCUCUCUCCGGAUCCCCAAAAACAACGGAACCGCUGUCAUGCGUAAUUCCCUCGAACCUCAGGAGAACAUUGGAUCCGAUCCCUAGACGGAUCGGUACAAUGACACCGUGCCCUGUUCUUGCCAUGUGUUGUUUUUGUUUUUCUCACAAAGGGAAGGUGAACUGAGUCAAACUGCCUUUGUUCCCGUUACGCAUUAAUAAGCAUCUUCCAUAUCCGCUCUCACUGCUCUGCUUAUGCAGUAGAGAUGAACGGGACUAAAUGUAACUACAUUUUAACACCUGAUCUGAGGUUACCAUUUCCGGUUGUUAUACAUUUUCAUUACGUCUUUAUUUAUUGUAAAUGGCAUUUUAUUCACUUAUCUUUUUCUUUGCUGCUUUCUGUCCCGGGUUAAGCGAACUUGACCAAUAUUUCCCCUCGGAGUACGACGGAAUGUGAUAUUUCUUUAAUAGAGUGUAGGGCAAAACCCCCUCAGGACAAAUAAUUAAAAUUUUUUAU